GAAAGCAUACGGAGAGGCGGAGGAGAGCAUAGCAGCAUUAAGCAGCUCACAGAUCAGUGGAUGCUGACAGAUACACAGCUACUGAUGGGCAGAGGGAGGCAGAAAAUACAGGAUUCUCACUUUUCACAGGAGAAAUGGAGGAGAUGACAAGAUAUACUACCCAUUUUCAUCAUCACACUGAAUAAGCCGGGAAGACAGCAGCAUUACUGCAGCUACAGAUAGACGGCUACACGCCUGCUGUGGACUGCAGAUGGGUCAUAUGAAAUGAGAUGAAGAUAGGCCCCAGCAUAUAAACAUCAAUUUCCACAACAGAGGGUGAAGGAUCUAUAAUUCAGGUCACAGAAAAUGAAGCAUAAUGUAUCCUGAGGAGAAGCUUCCUUAGGAACCUUGUGAUUUCUUCAAACUCUGCAACAGCUAUGAGACGCCAGCAGAGAGGCAACAUGAUCCCAGGAGACAAACACCACCGCCAUUAAAAACACAACAUAAUGUGACCUGCCAGAACACCCUAUUUCAAUCAGUAGAUGGAGUGUUUUGUUUGUCUGUGUUUUGUGUAUCCUGCUUUAAAUCAGAACCCUGUACUUACUAUUACCAGCAACACCUGGACACUAAGAUGUAUUUUACUCAUAAAUGAAAAUGUAAUGCCAUAUGUUUGUAUAUAAUCCUGAAAAUCAUAGUGGACAGUAAGUUCCUGUAGAGAAACCGCUGCAUUGCUUGUUUUUCUAAAGCUCCAUAGAGGAAAAGAAUGAUCAAGGUUGUCUAGUCUAAUGAGAUACUGCUAACAAGUAAUGAUGGGGGUUUCUUUCAUCACAAGCUUUUGAGAUUUGUUAUGUACUGUAUAUUCUAAGACAACUGAGCACCAUUCAUGGUUGUAACAAAAAAAACCUACUCUUUAUCAAGGCUCUAACUAGGCUGGAUCUUUAGAAAGUUAUGCUAUUACAAAUGCCAAAAAGCUCAAAGUUUGGAUUCACUUUAAUUCUCUAUGGCUCUAUUGGCUACUCAAUUUAAGCUUAAAGUUCGUGUACACACUUAAGUGACAAUGGAUUUUAAUGGGAGCCAGAACUUUGGGUCCUAUCCAACAGGCCUGCCCUAUAAUACAAGCAUGGACUAUGAAGACUACUACCAGGAGCCAGAUACAAGUAAAAUCAUCAUCCCAUCCAUCUAUGCUCUUGUCUGUGGCAUAGGUGUCAUUGGCAAUGCCAUGGUUAUCUACGUCAUUUUGAAAUAUGCCAAAAUGAAAACAGCCACAAACAUUUAUAUCCUCAACUUAGCCAUUGCAGAUGAGUUGUUCAUGUUGAGUGUUCCUUUUCUGGCCACAUCAGCAGCCCUUCGUCACUGGCCAUUUGGGUCACUGAUGUGCAGGUUGGUGCUGAGUGUGGAUGGUAUCAAUAUGUUUACAUCAAUUUUCUGCCUGACUGUGCUGAGUGUGGACCGUUACAUAGCAGUGGUCCACCCUAUCAAGGCCGCCCGCUACCGCAGACCCACUGUAGCCAAAGUAGUCAAUGUGUGUGUUUGGGGGCUCUCACUCAUAGUUAUCCUGCCAAUCAUUAUCUUCGCAGACACUGUCCCUGCGCAGGACGGUGGUGUGGACUGUAACUUCUUGUGGCCUGAAGCAGCAUGGUCAGAAGCAUUUGUGGUUUAUACCUUCCUGUUGGGGUUUCUGCUCCCGGUUGGCGCCAUCUGCUUAUGCUACUGUCUGAUGGUGGCCAGGAUGCGAGCAGUGGGGCUAAAAGCUGGCUGGCUUCAACGACGGCGCUCUGAGAAGAAGAUCACAUGCAUGGUGCUGCUGGUUGUGGCAGUGUUCGUUCUGUGUUGGAUGCCCUUCUACAUUGUGCAGCUGGUCAGUGUUUUCCACCAGCCCCCAGACCCCAUGGUCACUCAGCUUUUUGUCAUCCUCAGCUACGCUAAUAGUGGUGCCAAUCCUAUCCUGUAUGGCUUUGUGUCUGACAAUUUCCGACGUUCAUUCCAGCGCAUUGUGUGUUUCCGGUGGCUGGAGUCUGGGUUGGAUGUGGAGCAGGUGGAUUACUGUGCUGUAGCUUUGAAGAGACAAGAAACUUGUAGCCCUGUGGAUUUUCCCAAGGACUGUAUGGCUUCUGAUAUGGUGUUUCGCAAUGGGAUGUAUAUGUCCCGUACAACCACAGUGUAGCAUUCAACCAGAACUUGCAUUCAUUAAAUUGUGCAUUACUGGUUGCUGGAGUCUGGGUCAGGUAGAAGCAGCUGGAUUGGUACUGUAUGCUGAGCUUUGGGUCAUAAGGUUGAGAAAUACUGAAGAACAACUAGAAUAGCAAAUGUACAGCAACCAGCCCAGAUUGGCUGACAUGUUGGGAGAAAAAGAUGUACUGUAAAGUAUAUAAAAAUUCCACUAAUUUUCCUACCUUUAAAGUGCCCAUGGCAUGCUCCAAAUAGUCUGUAAUUAUUUUAGAACCACAAAGCCCAAGAGCCUCCUGUUGAAAACAAGAGGACAGUUUAUGAAAGCGCACAGCUCCUGCUGCCAAUGUUGUAUCAAAAUCUGUUUCCCCAUUGAGAUAUGUUUUCCUUACCUUAAUCCUAACAUUAUCCUAACCACAACCAGUGAGGUGGAUGCUACAUGAAACCAAGUUUUGAACAGGGGAAACUCAUCUGGACAGGGGAACAAAAACACUAACGAUGACAAUACCUCAAAUCCUGCCUGACAUGUUUGAGUCAGAAUAUGAAAGUGGACAGUACAAUGAACCACAACAGCAUUAAAUAAUUUGAAUUCCUCCUCCUUAGAUAGGUAAACAACACUAUAUCUACCAAUGAAAAAAGAUUAGUAACACUCUAAACAAAGUGGGUAUUUGAGAAACCCCAUAUUUUAACUGGCAUAAUGCAGACAUAGUAACUUCUCCAGCUUUACAACAAUUAAUUAUUAAUCCGCUUGUUAAUAUAGCACAUGGAACGCAAAACUGCCUGGAGAUUAUGACCAUUCGAGGAAAUCCUUAAACUAUCACAUAAGACUAU